AAAUGUGGAGACCUCAUAUGAAGAAGAAGAAAUAGCACCAGCAGCAGAAGCAGUUCACCUGUAUUAAGAUUAGCUCCGAUUGAAUAUCUCCGGCGAGAUCCUAGAUUUUCCGGUGAGUUUUACGAUCCUCUACGCCGUUCUGAUUUUUCUAGUUGACCAUCAUGAUUCUUUCCCUUAUAGUACGGAUGCAGAAAUGUUAGGUCCUUUUGCUAUUACCCAUUUCCGAUCCAAAAUUUGGAUUCGCCAACGAAAAAAAUCUUUUCCUUAUCCAUCUAGCUUCAAUUUAGUAGAAUAGCUCCUGAUUUCUACUCUGCGAGAAAAAAAAAGGAUUGAGAAAAUUGAGACGCAGACAGGAAAACUGGGGAAAAUGAGUUUAGGUGUAGCGGAGGAGGAAUCGACCAAGGAAAUCCAGUUACCGGCGGAUAUAGACUGGCAAAUGCUGGAUAAAUCUAAGUUUUUCUUCCUCGGCGCCGCGUUAUUUUCCGGUGUUUCAGCUGCGCUUUAUCCUGUUGUGGUGUUGAAGACUCGACAACAGGUAGCGCAAGCUCACAUUUCCUGUUUGAAAAUUGCUUUCUCCGUUGUUAGGCUUGAAGGAAUUCGUGGAUUGUAUCGUGGAUUUGGGACUUCAUUGAUGGGUACAAUCCCUGCUAGGGCACUUUAUAUGGCUGCUCUUGAGGUUACCAAGAGUAGCGUUGGUACGGCCACGGUUAGGCUCGGCAUUCCCGAGCCUACUGCGACCGCGUUAGCCAGUGCUGCUGCUGGACUAAGUGCGUCCGUGGCCGCACAACUGGUUUGGACUCCAGUCGAUGUGGUGAGCCAGAGGCUAAUGGUGCAGGGUGUUUGUGAAGCACCAGCAUCGUGUAAAUAUCUCAAUGGGAUCCAUGCUUUUCGAAGGAUCCUCAAGACAGAUGGACCUAAGGGACUGUACAGAGGUUUUGGGUUUUCAAUUUUGACAUAUGCCCCAUCCAAUGCACUGUGGUGGGCAUCCUAUUCCAUCACUCAGCGGCUUGUCUGGAGUGGGUAUGGAUGUUACUUCAGCAAGAAUGGCGAUGACAGAAUUGAGGAUAACAUCAAGAGUACUCUGAGGCCUAAUUCCAAGACGGUUAUGAUGGUUCAGGGAGUGAGUGCAGCCAUGGCUGGCGGCGUUUCAGCUCUGAUCACAACACCAUUAGACACAAUCAAGACGAGAUUGCAGGUUCUGGAUGGCGAUGAAAAUGGGCGUAGAGGGCCAACGGUAGCUCAGACUGUAAGGAAUUUAGUAAGGGAAGGUGGGUGGAUGGCUUGUUACAGAGGAUUAGGUCCUCGAUGGGCUUCAAUGUCCAUGUCUGCAACCACAAUGAUCACUACUUACGAAUUCCUCAAACGCCUCUCCACAAAGAAUCGAGAAAAUUGGGCAUAGUGAUCCCCCAUAGACAGUUAUCGCUCUUCUUAGGUUUACUUUUUCUCUCUUUGAUCCAUGUAUAAGUUUUUUUUUGAAUGAUGAUCCCUUUUUUAGGAACCAGUAUGCUGAGUUUAAACAUAAACAAAGCUUCAAGAACAAAAAGAAUGAUGAAUGUAAGUGUAUGAAUCUGUAUAUAUAAGUCCAAUUCACUAAACUUA